CCAUUCACCAACUCUCUACAAUAUCGGCGUAUCCUCCAACCAGAAACUGGACAAACAGUAUUUGCUUCCAAGCAGUAUUUCUUUCCACCAAAGAUGACAUACUAGACGGUCAUGGAUUCUCGGGAUUGGACCCAGCUGGGCUGUGUUGCCUACCCGUCGCCAAUCCAUCCAGAUUACCAUGCCGGACCCGCGUCGACGAUAGCCUUCGACAACCAAGAUGAGCUGCUAUGGAUAGGCACCCAGAAGGGCUUUGCCGGCUCCUUCAUCGGCCGCGAGCUCAAGCGAUUCACUGCCUUCCGAAUACACCCCGAAGCCGACGGUCCCCUCCGCCAAUUCCUCUUCGUCGAUAAGGGCGUCAUCUUCCUCGGAAGCCGGAGCGUCUACAUGGCAGCACGUAGCGGCGUGCCCAUUUGGAGUAUCCGCCAUGAGUCCAUGCAGGAUCUGCGCGCCAUGUCCUUCACUAGCAAGGGCACGUCCGAGAUCCUCGUGGCCGGCUGGCAGAACAAGAUGUUGGUGAUCGACGUCAAUAAGGGCGAGGUCGUCAAGGAGCUCCCGACACAAGAUCAUUACUCCUUCCUGAAGAUGAGCCGGUACAUCUGCGCGGCAACGAACAAAGGCACCGUCAACAUAUUGGACCCUAUCAACUUCACCAUCAAGAAACAAUGGCAGGCCCACGGGGCGUUCAUCAACGAUCUGGACACGUCCAACGACUUUAUUGUUACAUGCGGUGGCUCACAUAGGCAGACGCACAACACCCCGGCCAUACUGGACCCUUAUGUCAAGGUGUUUGACCUGAAGAACAUGAGCGCCAUGAACCCGGUGCCCUUUGCGCCGCUGGCCGCUCACGUUAGAAUGCACCCGAGGAUGUUGACGACUGCUAUCGUCGUCAACCAGGCGGGCCAGAUCCAUGUGACGGAUCUGUUGAACCCAAGCAACAGCCAGGUCUGCUACACGCAGCCUCAGGGCGUGGUGCUGCAUUUUGACGUGUCGAGGACGGGCGAGGGAAAAGCGCUUGCUGAUAACAAGCACAACACCUACAUCUGGGGCUCACCAAACAAAAUCCAGUUCACCGAGAUAGGAAUACCGCCCAGGUUGCCGGACCCCCCUCAGCCGUCGUUGUUGCCGCCAGACCCAGACAUGUUGGACGAACUACCCCUGAGCCGCAUCGGCUUGCCGUACUACAGAGAGCAGCUCUUCUCAGCCUUGCCGCCGGAUAUCAUCUCCGACGUGGGCGCUCCUCCGCAACAGGUCGAUCCGAACAUUUUGAGUACCCUUACCAAGACCGAGUGGGGAUACAUUGGCCCCAACAAGACGGGCUUGCAGAGAAAUCAAUACAUAGAUACCCGGUCUACCAUGAAGACGUCCAACACGAUACGAGCGCCAAAGUUCCUGAGUGAAAAGGCACGCGAGUCACAGGCGGGUUCGGAAGAUAACACCCUUGUUACUACCGAGACGGCGGUGACGACUCCGAACAACGAUCAUUGGAGUCUGAGGCCGGAGGCGCCACCGGAAUAUAGGAUAUGUGAGAUCAAGUAUAGCAAGUUUGGUGUGGAUGAUUUUGACUUUGGCUUCUUCAACAACACCCAAUACCCUGGCUUGGAGAACAACAUAACAAACUCCUAUGCCAACUCCCUACUGCAGGUCAUGCAUUACACCCCUCUGUUGCGAAACAUGGCACUUCAGCACGCUGCUACGGCCUGUCUAGCUGAUCCGUGUCUGUUGUGCGAGCUGGGUUAUGUUUUUGAUAUGCUGCAGAAAGGUGAAGGGCCUUCUUGCCAUGCUACCAACAUGCUCAGAGCUCUUAAUCAUACCAGUAACGCCUCUGUUAGUGGUGUCCUCGAGGAGAACGCCAAAGACAAGAACCCCAGCACGCUGGUCAAGAACCUCACCAUGUUCCUUUUCGACAAGAUUAGCCAGGACUACAAGGGCACACCUCCGAUUUCUACCGAACUCGAAAGGACUCUAUUCAAGCUCAACCAGCCUCCGAACCCUCCUGAUCUCGUCAAGAAACUCCUAGAGACCGACGCAAGGUACCAAAUCAAGUGUAUGCACUGUCAACACGUCAGCCCAAGGACAGCAACAACAUUCGUCAACAAGCUUUGCUAUCCGGCAGCGAAGCCAAACAUCCGUGGUAUGAAGGCCCAACGGAUCACCUUCUCGCAAGUGCUCAAGGCUGGGCUCGAGAACGAGGCUGUCAACAAGGGUUAUUGCACCAAGUGUCAGCGCUACCAAAACCUCGACCAGCGCAAGAUCAUCUUCAACAUCCCAGCUGUUUUGGCGCUCUGCACGGAGAUCACCACUGCGGAGCAUCGCAAGUUGUGGUCUACCCCCGGAUGGCUGCCUGAGGAGAUUGGUAUCAUAGUUGACCAAGGCCAUGUUUACUGCUAUGAAGGGGAUGACCUCAAGUUGCAUCUUAAUCGGGGGAUACAUAACAUUACGGUGUAUUCGCUGGUGGGUACGGUGGUUAACGUUGAGACGAAGAGUCCGCAGAAGAGCCAUUUGGUGGCUACUGUUAAUGUUGGACGCGCUGAGCCAGAGAGCAAAGACCAGGAUCGCUGGCAUCUCUUUAACGACUUCUCAGUACGAAGCAUCUCCAAGGUUGAGGCCCUCACUUUCAAUGCCGCUUGGAAGAUGCCGGUCGUCGUCAUGUUCCAAGUCAAGGCGGCCAACCAUCGGUUCAACAUGGACUGGAAGACACGCCUGGAUACAUCCGUCCUCUUCAGGGAUAACAACCCACACGCCCUCAAGACGUACGAGAUACUUGACCGGGAGACAGAGAUUCCCGGUCCCGAAACUGUCAUCGCGAUUGAUACAGAAUUUAUUCGACUUAAGGAGAGAGAGAUCCAUAUCGACGAAGACGGGAAAUCCAAGACCAUCCGACCCAUCUCGCACGCCAUCGCGCGUGCCUCGGUAGUCCGGGGUCAAGGCCCCAGAGAAGGCGUUGCCUUCAUCGACGAUUACAUCCACAUCAAAGAGACCAUUGUCGAUUAUCUCACCGAAUGGUCCGGCAUCACGCCUACCGACUUGGACCCUAUCAACUCCCAGCGUAACUUGGUGUCCCCCAAGACCGCCUACAAAAAGCUCUGGGUGCUCGUCAACUUAGGCUGCAAGUUCCUCGGCCACGGCCUCAGCCAAGAUUUCCGCGUCAUCAAUAUCCAAGUGCCUAGAAAUCAGGUUAUCGAUACGUCUAUCAUCUUCAUGAAGCCGCCUUCUCAGCGCAAGAUUUCGCUCGCUUUCUUGGCUUGGUAUCUGCUCAAGGAAGACAUUCAGCAGAAUACCCAUGACUCUAUCGAAGACGCUCAGACAGCACUAAAGCUGUACAGGAAGUACGAAGAGUUCAUGGCUAACGGGAGCUUCCACGAUGUCCUGGAAGCGCUCUACAAAAAGGGCAAAACACUCAACUUCAAGCCGCCGCGUAUUUCCACCGGUGCAGCCAAGGACGCCGGUUUCGGGACAGUACACCGCGUCAGCACCCCUCCCGUCCCCGCACCCGGAACAUCCGAGGGAACCUUUGAAAUCCCCAGCUCAACAACAACAACAACCGGUAGCAGUAGCGUCCUCUCCGCCACCGGCGGCGUAGGAAGUGCAAGUGCGAGCAGUAGUAUGCCCUCCACCCCUGUCAGGAAACCCAUCGGUCUCGGAGGACCGUUUACCGUCGCUGGUGUCACAAAGCCAAGCUCAGCUACUAGCGUUGAUACUAUUGGUGCUGGUGCUGCUGGCACGGGAAUCACAGCGACAGGAACAGGAACAAUGGGUGGUGGAUACGGUGGUUAUGGAACGGAUGGCGCGUAUUGGGGCGGACCGAAUGAUAUGGCGCCUACGAGCAUGAUGGGGGGAUCGGCGUUUAUUCCUGCUCGACUCCCUCCUGGACUGCCGGAGUCGAGGUUUAUACCGUAUAGGCCGCAGGUUUUGGCUGCGGAGCGGGAGGCGGAUGCUGCGGCGGCGGCGGCUGGUAAUGAUGUCGGUGGUGGUAGUGAUGUUGGUGAUGUUGGUGGUGCUGGUGGGGAACAUGGGAAGCAAGAGUAGAGUGGUUCUUCUUCUGUUGUUGGUGGGGGACAGGGAACGCAAAAACAGCAAGGGGCUCGUACUGCUUAUAAUGGGAAAACUGCUGAUGAGAAAUUGGAGGAGCGAAUAAGGCCGAAUGAGCGAGAGAGGCGACGGAAGAAAAAGAAGCGUUACAAGGCAAACCUGCGGCGGAGGCGAGAGGA